AUGAAGGCCCAAACUGAAAAGAAGAUAGAGACCCCGGAGGGAUUGACUACGGUUUCCCCCAAGAACGGCGAGAUCGUUGACGACCCUACCCUGAUCCAAGAUGCCGUCUUUGGAGAAAUCACAGAGGAUGGCCCAAAUUACCGCAAUGUGGAAUGGAUCGGAACAUCAGUCAUCAUGAUGAAGUGUCAGAUUGGUCUAGGUGUAUUAUCCAUCCCCGCCGCGUUCGAUGUCCUCGGUAUGAUCCCCGGCGUCAUCUGUAUGAUGGUGAUCGCUGCUCUCUCGACUUGGGGCAGCUACGUCAUUGGCGGAUUCAGGCUUAACCAUCGUGAGAUCUACGGUAUUGAUGAUGCAGCUGGAAUCAUGUUUGACCACGUUGGUCGUGAGAUUGUGGGCUUUUGCUUUAUUCCGUUCGCAGCCGGCAUGCCUGGCAUGCGCAGAGAAAACCCUGGGCUGGCCACACUCUUGUCCAGCUUCACGUUCCCCACGGGGUUUGCCAUCCUCACCAUCGUCAACACGGAGCUUUUCACGGCGAAUUUGUUCGUGGUAGUGUUCACCACGUGCAUGCGAAAGACCCGUGUGCUUGACCUCGCCAGGAAUUUGAUCACCUCAUACAUAUUCAAUUUGGCCGGCGCUCUGUUCAUCGCCGGCUUUCUCUGCUGGUGGUCCGAUACACUCUCCACAGACGCCGCAAAGAGUUACGCCGUUGCGCAGGCAGAGGCGCGGGUUAACGUGCAGUGGUCGGUGAACCUCCUCAGGGGCGUCGGCUGCAACUGGUUCGUGGGCCUGGCCAUGUUCCUCUCCAUAGCCGCCCACGAUCAGGUUUCUAAAAUUUACGCCAUCUGGAUCCCUAUCUGGACAUUUGUAGCGCUAGGGUAUCAGCACUCAAUUGCCAACUUUUUCCUCGUGCCAAUUGGGAUGUUCUACGGCACCAACUUUGGCGUUGGCAAAUUCAUCUACCAGAGCGUUAUACCCGUUACCUUGGGGAAUAUAAUUGGGGGUGCAGGGCUUAAUGGGAUUCUUCUCUGGAUCAUUUACGGGCGCAGGAGGAUCCUGGCCGAGAAUGGGGGUAUAAAGCUGGCAAACUCCGUUCACGGCGUAUUGCCAUCCUAA